AGGAGCGUAAUUCAAACUCACACUUCAGUAGAUGGUCACAGCUGAUACUGCGAGUGCGAGGAGCAAUUUAUUGUGACUUCCAUCAGGUCGGAAUGAAAAGCGGCCAAGCAGAAGGGACAAGGACGCUGAAAUAACUCAAGGGAGGACGAUAAAGCUCAUCUGAGAUGCUCGACCUUCUUCUCGUCCAGACAUUUCUCAGCAAGGGAUUUGCGUCGUUUGUUUGUGUUUUAAUGCACUUGUCUCGCUCUGUUCCUAUAACGAAGAAAAUCAGUUUGGCACUGAACUAAGUCGAAACAGAUGCAACGGUUUUACGAACUGCGCAUACAGAGAGACAUUCGCAGGAUUACCAAAACCUCAGAGAGUGUCAGUGUAUGACACUGUCCAGCAGUGAGAUCCUCAUCUGAGAAGCACAGGGGAGACAGCUGCUCCCACAGACUUCAGGACUUUAUAAACUAGCCAUAUACGAUCAUAUGAGUGCAGCUUACAGUACACCGUUCAUGAUGAUGCAGCGUCCGGUGGGAAGCACCACUGCAUUCAGCAUUGACUCGCUCAUCGGAGGUCCGCCGCAGCCCAGUCCGGGACAUUUCGUGUACACGGGCUAUCCCAUGUUUAUGCCCUACCGGUCAGUGGUGCUACCUCCUCCGCCACCGCCACCUCCUCCAACUCUUCCUCAAAGCGCGCUCCCCGCGACCCAUCCGCACCACCCGAUCCCGGGCUUACCCAGCGGGUUCUGCUCCAGUCUGGCGCAGGGCAUGGCGCUCACAUCCACGCUAAUGGCCACGUUACCCGGCGGCUUCUCCAGCUCGCCGUCUCAGCAGCACCAGGACGCGGCGAGGAAGCUGAGCUCUCAGUCCAUUCACGCCAUGUUUGAGAAAUCUCAGGAUAUUCGUUUGGAUGGAGAGGAUGGGAAAACGUUCCCAACGAAAGAUUCAACGACCCUUCCAUCAUUUCACGACUCGCACACCUCUACAGUGCGAGGUCACAGCAAAGACGACGCGAAGGAGGACGAGUGUCACAGGAAAGAUGAGAGCUUCUCCAUGGACAGUGAUUUAGAUUACAGCUCCGACGACAACGGGCCCGGGAACGCGAUGUGUCAGAAGGAAGAUGGAGACGGCAACGGAGGACUGGACGACGGCGUCCACGGUGGGAAUGGGGCGGGAAACACCACGUCCACCGGGAAAAAUCGGAGAAGGAGGACGGCUUUUACGAGCGAGCAGCUCUUAGAACUGGAAAAGGAGUUUCACUGUAAGAAAUACCUAUCCCUCACAGAACGCUCACAGAUCGCCCAUGCCUUAAAGCUCAGCGAGGUGCAAGUCAAGAUCUGGUUUCAGAACCGGAGAGCCAAGUGGAAACGUGUCAAAGCGGGAAACGUGAACUCCAAAACCGGAGAGCCAUCCAGAAACCCGAAAAUUGUGGUGCCCAUUCCGGUGCAUGUUAGUCGGUUUGCAAUACGCAGCCAACACCAACAGUUAGAACAGGCCAGACCUUGAUACACUAGAGGACCAAGACAAUUCUGAGAAAUCUAAAUAUAACCAAACUGUUCUUGAGGAACCCAGGACACGCAGCCUAUAUAUAUAUAGUUUUCGUUUAAACUACAGAGUUGUGCAAACGGGGGGGAAAGAAAGCAACAAACUCCGUUUGAACGAAAAGGUUCAAA